ACACACAAUCUCAGCAUCUUCUCACUGAUGACAAAGGGUCCUCCGGGGAGACGCGCUGCGCGUGACCGCGUCCUCUACGCUGGUGUUGCUGCAGACAGACAGACAGGCAGUGAGACACGUUGAUGCGCGCGGCGGCCAGCAGCAGCUCGCGGUGAUCGGCGGAGCACGAGCAGACCGGACACGAUGAGCUGCAACUGGGGCACCGAGCUGUGGGACCAGUUUGAUAACCUGGAGAAACACACCAGCUGGGGAAUUGACUUCCUGGAGAGAUACAGCAAGUUUGUUAAAGAGAGGGCUGACAUCGAGCUGAGCUAUGCCAAACAGAUCAGGAGUCUGUCUAAGAAGUAUCAUCCCAAGAGAAGCAGAGAGGAUGAGAGCAGGUACACCUGGUGUUUGGCCUUUUCAGCGACUCUCCGUCAGCUCAAUGAACUCUCUGACCAGAGAGAAGAACUGGCUGAGAACCUCAACACGCAGAUAGUGUGUGAACUCACACGCUACACACAGGAAGUGAAGGCCGAGAGGAAGACUCAUUUCCAAGAUGGCCGCCGUGCCCAGCAGCACAUUGAGAGCUCCUGGAAACAACUGGAGUCUAGUAAACGUCGCUUUGAGCGUGACUGUAAGGAGGCGGAGCGAGCGCAGCAAGUCUCCGACAGAAUCGACCUAGACAACAAGACGGAUGGAGAGAAGCGCUGCUCACUGAAAGCUCGGCAGACGGCUCAACAGAAAAAACAAGCUGCUGAAGAGUCCAGGAAAGACUAUGUGACCAGUUUGAACCAGUUUAACCAAGACCAGCACCAGCACUACCACACCCUGGUACCAGUUAUUUACCAGCGUAUUCAGGACAUGGAAGAGCGGCGGAUUGAGAGAAUCUGUGAAUCGAUGCGUUCAUCAGCUGAGGCUGAGAGGAAGGUGGUUCCUGUUGUGAGCAGCUGUCUGGACGUCAUGAUGGACGCUGCCGAGGGCAUCCAGCCCAGGAUGGACACCCAGCAGGUGGUGGAGGUGUACAAAUCCGGCUUCGACCCCCCAGGUGACGUAGAGUUUGACGACUACAGCGCCUCCAUGAGGAGGAGUAUCUCUGAAUCCAGUUACCUGGACAACCGAAUGGAGGGGCGGAGACACAGCAGGAAGCUGUGGCCCUUCAUAAGGAAAAACAAGCUGUUGACCCUCCUCUCCUCCCCCCGGCAGCCUCCCCCCCCACCCCCAACCUCACCUUUACCUGGGGGCGUCGCUAACAGUCCCCAGUCCCUGGCCCCUGCCUCCAGAGAACCAAUCGCACAGCGGCUCAAUGACCUCAUGACCUCUGGCUCCAGAACCAGGAAACAGUGUCUGCGCAGCCUCAAGAGAGGGCUGUCUCUCAAACUGUGCUCCGGUCCUGCAGACUGCAGUCAUCUUCCUCCUGAACAGAGAAGAAAGAAACUUCAAACCAGAAUCAACAACAUCAACCAGGAGAUUCAGAGAGAGAGAGAACAGAGAGACGCUCUUUUGAAAAUGAGGGAAGUUUAUGAACAAAAUCCUCAAAUGGGCGAUGCCGACAGUUUGGAGCCUCGACUGGAGGAGGUGAAGCAGAGUCUGCAGAGACAGGAGGAGGAGCUCACGAGGAACCAGGCAUGGCUAUCUGAGGCCUCAGACCUCAGCAGCAGAAGACAGAGUGGAGGUUGUGGGUUGAACUCCGAGGUGACGACGCCCGGCAGCAGCAACUUGAAACAGCUGGACAACCGGAGCCCAGCCAGCAGGGAGAGUCCUGACGGCAGCUACACUGAGGACCACAGUGCAGAGCUUCAGUUUAAAUCCCGUAGUUCAGAGUUUGAUGAUGACUUUGAAGAUGAAGAACCGUUACCCAGUAUUGGCACCUGCAAGUCCCUUUACCCGUUCCAAGGACAAAAUGAAGGCACUCUGUCGCUGGUGGAGGGAGAACUACUUUCUGUGGUGGAAGAGGACAAAGGUGACGGUUGGACCAGAGUACGGAGGAACCUGGAGGAGGAGGGAUAUGUCCCCACCUCUUACAUCAAAGUCUUCCUGGACAGCAGUGCCAAAGGCUUUGUGCAGAGUAGUCGGCUAGUCUAGUAUUCCACCAGUGAGGACGCCUCGCCCAAGGAAAGGGAUGUAAAGGAAAGGUAACAGCUUUUUAUUGGACAGUUUAACUCUUCAGAUAUCUCAGCCAAUCAGAUGACAGACUGGUGUCGAUGCUGAUGGAAAAGAGGUUCUCCUGCUGACUGAGGAAUGAAAUAAUACAUCAGAGACCAGAUAUUAGACAGGUCCUAAACACAGAUAGUGUCAUAUCAGAACCCAGAUAUUAGACAGGUCCAAAACACAGAUCACAUUUCAUAUCAGAACCCAGAUAUUAGACAGGUCCAAAACACAGAUCACAUUUCAUAUCAGAACCCAGAUAUUAGACAGGUCCAAAACACAGAUCACAUUUCAUAUCAGAACCCAGAUAUUAGACAGGUCCAAAACACAGAUCACAUUUCAUAUCAGAACCCAGAUAUUAGACAGGUCCCGAUCAGUUGGGUUCCUCUGUAUUUAUUGUAGAUUAUCACAUUAAUAAUUAUUCAUAACUUCAGGUUUUCCUCUUAAUUAGUUUAAAUGUGAAUUUUUUCACGAGUUUAAAAAAUAUUACAACAAUAGAAACUAAAUCCUGAUCUUACGAUCAAAUUGAUCUCUUUUUAUUUCACAUUUGAGCCCAAAAUUAUGCAUUUAUGUUUUUUUGUGCUUGAAACUUGUUCUGAUGUGAGAAGUUUCUGUAAUUUAUCUGAUUGACUGACGAACUGACCUGAGAUCAGUUGAACCUGCUGUAUUUAAACGUUUUGAAUGUUUGUAAAACUGUUAUUGAAAAGAAAACAAUCGAUCCUAUUGGCCGACAGACUGAAAUAACACAGGAAAGCAACAACUUGUUUCUGUCAGUGAUGUCACAGUGAUGUCACAGUGAUGUCACAGUCACAGUGAUGUAAACAGUGUGUAAAUAGAAACUGUAGCUGCAUAGGUGUGUCCCUGCUGAUAUUAGCCCUGCCUGUGGAUUAACCAGUGUCUAUUAGCCCCGCCCCUGCGACUGACACCGCCCCCUGCUUGUUGAUGAUGAUGAUAUUGAUUGUGUGAAAUGUGAACUUUUUUUAUUUCAUAGUGAGAUAUUGAUCAGUUAUUGAUUUUUUAAAUUAAAACGUGAGACUGCUGAUCACGCGCUUUUCAACUUCCUGUAUGUUAAACUUUCAAAAUAAAGUACACUCUGAUCAAAC